AUGGAGUUAGAAGCUGAAGUUCAGAAACUCAAGGAGCAGAAUCAGGAACUGGAGAGGAAACAGGCAGAGAUUAUGGAAAUGCAGAAGAACGAGGUACCAGAAACGUUGAAGGAUCCAUUCGGACGGAAGAAACGGCUGUGCAUGCGAAGAACAUUGACUGGCCCUUGGUGA